GACGACACACAUUUUACGAGCAUGCGUUCGUGCGUGUAAACGUACGCGGGUGCGCGUGCGUACAUUUGUCUGUUCGUGCGCGUAUGAUCGCCAACACGGCCAAUGGGACGGCUCGCUCAGACGUAUACUUGCCUCAGCGCGCACAGCGGGACUCGACCUCCGACUCGAGCACAGGUGGCAGCAGCUGCAACGUCUUUGACGACGAUGAACACGUGUUGAUGACAGGCAAGCCACAUGCGCUUCUGACCACCAAACCACAGCCCACUGACCAGCUCUACCAGCAUCAGGAUCUCGUUCCGCCCGCGCCGCGACUUAAAGGAACCAUCGAGUAUCUCGACUUGGACCUGGAUAUGCCUAGCAGAGCUAGCUCGAGCAAGACCGCGCGCGGCGGCCGGCCUGUGAAGUCGCCGCCGCCCAAGAUGCCGGACUUGCCUGGUCAAAGCAUGUCGAACGCUGGCACCGUGUACAAGACGGUAGACUUUGUGAAAACUAAAGCCCUGACGGACAUCUCUGUGACGCGCACCGAGAUGAGGAAGUCAAAAUAGCGGUCGGCUGCUUGCGUUGUAAUUAUAUUAACGAGGGCGCGGUGGGAGUCAAUGUCGCUGCCCUCGAGAGAAAUGCCGUAACAGCGUUAUAUGAGCAGUGUGAAAACACUAAUGUCUCUGGAUUAGCUGAUCAAAGGUCACGUGAUUGAGACGAGUCAGCGCUAUUGGCUCUGAGCCGACACGUUGGCUCUGCAUCUGGACUGAAGUCUCUCAGUGAAUGGUCAGCCUGCAGUGCCAAGAAAAAAACUGCCUUCCAUUCAGAAACUGAAUAUGUUAUUAGCAGGUUGCAAUGCACGUUUCUGUUAGUAGACAGCCUUGCACACACCAUUGCUGAGGCUCCAUGGCUAGCCGCUCAAGAACCUUAUUUUUCCCCCUCUACCUUCCUGUGCACAUGUGCGCGUGUGCGUGCGUGUUUGGCUGCAGAUGUUAGUGCGUUCGUAUGCGCAUUCGUGCGUGUAUCACUGUAUGUCUGCCCGCAUACAUGCACGCACGCACGCACGCACGCACGCACGCACGCACGCACGCACGCAUACGUGUGUACAUGCAUGUGUGCCAAUGUUUGGACGUUACAAAAAAAGGAAGAGA